CGCCUGCGAGUUGACAUGGAGGACUUCGAGGGAAACACGCGAUAUGCUGAUUAUGGAUUGUUUAAGGUGGCUGAUGAGAGUGUUAAUUACCGUCUAACUGUGGGACAGUACACAGGGAAUGCUGGUGAUAGCAUGGCAGUUCACAACGGAAUGGAGUUUUCAACCAGGGAUGCUGAUCAUGACCGUGACAACGCUAAAUCAUGUGCCGUGGCGUACACAAGUGCUUGGUGGUAUAACAGCUGUCUUUUCACUAACCCUAACGGCCAAUACUACUACACUAACCCUAGUCCUUUUUUGAAGGGUAUUAUAUGGUAUUAUUGGCGUAAUGAUGACUAUUCCAUGAAGAGAAUGGAAAUCAAAAUAAGACCCGUAGCCUGAUUUGAAUAAUGUCAAAGACAGUUGCGUAUAAAUGUUAUAUUGUAGGUUCAAGACCACGGUUAUGCCUAGCUUGCAAAUUUUGUCAUGGCAAUUAGUUGUAUGUAAAAAAAAGGAAUGAUUUUACAAUAACUUACAAAUU